AUGGAAAUUAGGCCAUUGGUCCGAAAUCACUUCUAUUAUAAACUUGGAGAUGGCCAUUCAGCUUCUACAUGGUUUGAUUUGUGGGAUGAUUUUUGUCCAUUAAUUAAUGGAGUCACGCCAAGAAUGGUUACAAAUGCGGGCUUUAGUCUUACUUCUAAGGUGGCUGAUAUAUCCGAGAAUGGCAAUUGGAAAUGGCCUGCAACUUGGAAUUCCUUUUUCCCAAACUCUUUGGCUCCCAUUUUGGUGGAGUCCCAACAUGAUGUCCUACAAUGGAAGGAUCGACUUGGAAAACUAACAAACUUUUAUGUAGGUACAGCUUGGGAGGAUAUUCACCCAAGAGAUGGUAUUGUUGACUGGUACCAUUUGGUUUGGUUCAAUCAUUGCAUCCCAAAACAUUCGUUCCUCUUAUGGCUUGCAAUCAUGAAAAAGCUCAAGACCCAAGAUAAGAUACGACGUUGGGACCUGCAACAAACACUUUUGCUCUGCCCAUUAUGUGAGCUGCAAUCAGAUUCACAUUCUCAUCUUUUUUUCGAAUGCCCUUAUGCCAAGGAGGUAUGGUUCGAGGUGAAUAUGAAGGCUGAUCUUCAUCAACAAUCGACCGUGUGGGAAGACAUCAUUCAGGAUAUGAUUCCGUUUUCUAAGAAGACUUCUAUAUUUAGUGUGAUUUCUAAGUUAACUCUUGCUGCAUCGGUGUACUUCAUAUGGCAAGAAAGAAAUGCACUCUUAUUUAAAAAGAGGAAGCGAACGAAAGAAGAGUUGGUACAAGUGGUGAUCGAAACCAUCAGAUUUAAACUGAUGACUUUUAGAUUCAAGAAUAAUUCGAGGGUCGAGCGAGCUAUGGUAGUAUGGAGAUUACCCAAGACGCUACUUAGUACUAAUUCUUCUAGCUGA